AUGGCGUCACAGGUAGCUACUGGUGUUUUCCAAACCAUCGAGACGGUCGACAAAGACAAAAUCAUUAUCAGAGAUAAGCUUUAUGGAGAGCAUGCCAUCACCGAGCCUGUGCUGAUAGAACUCCUCCAAAGCCCCGAGCUGGCGCGGCUCAAAGGUGUCUGUCAACAUGGGGUAACAGCGCUCCUCGGCUUUGGCCCGAAAGUCACCCGCUUCGAACACUCGGUCGGUGCAUUUUUGCUUGUACGCAAAGUCGGUGCAAGCGUCGAGGAGCAGGUGGCAGCACUUCUUCAUGAUAUCAGCCACACGAGUCUCAGUCACGUUGUCGAUUACGCGCUGUCUCAACCCGGAGAAGACAGUUACCACGAGGUCCACAAGUCUCGAUAUCUGAAAGGUACUCAAUUCCCUCAAAUUCUUACCCGGCAUGGCUUUGGAGAUCUCAAAGCCCUCAAUGAGGAACUGUUCCCGCUGGUGGAACAGCCAUCACCUCAUUUAUGUGCUGACCGACUGGACUAUUCGCUCCGUGACGCGCUGGCCUUUGAGAAAUUCAGCCUUCAAUACGUGCAGCAAGUGUUUGAGUCGUUGAAGGCGUUCCCUCACCCCGCAUCUCCUAGUCGUUUACUUGUUCUGGAAGACCCCCAGCUUGCACUAGCUCUUGCUCGCGCAUACUUAGCUACAGAUCGGGACGUCUGGUCAAAUCGAUCACAUGCCGAUAUCUACAAAAGGACAGGCCAAAUUAUUAAAGAGUUGGUUCAAUCGAGACGUGUGAAUGAAGAAGCACUUUGGAUUUUAUCCGAUGCGGAUUUUUGGGCGUUACUGCGUCGCGAGGCCUCCCCAGAGCUUCUGAGUGAAUUGGACAAGCUCGAGACAGAUGGUCUGCCUGACGAGAACAAGCUACGACUUCCACGAGAAACGAAGAUUAGGACCCUUGAUCCAGAUAUUUGCCAAGGCACUGAAGGUGAUCCCUUGCCUUUGUCGGUGGUUCAUCCUGAAUGGGCUGUGGAGCGCCGGCAGUACAUUCUGAGCCGUGAAUCAACACGAGAAUAG